AUGGAUCAAUCACCAAAAUCAAAACGACCAGUUCGUGAUCCACCUCCAGUACUCUUUACUACACCUUCUCAAAAUGCCUCUCACGUAUCAUUAGAAGGUGCUCUAGCACCUGCACAAUCCAAUCAAUCAUCAACCUUAUAUCCCACCACUUCUAGAAAUUCUCUUGUCCGUCAAAGAUCCCAAAGGUUACCAUUGCGAACUAAUCUCGAUGGACCCACCGAUACAGCUCCCAUAGCUUCCCUUCCUCGCGCAGGGAAAGCUCCUUCCGAAGGACAAAAACAAGCUGCGAGAACCGAUGCAUUAUGGGCUGAAAUGCAGAGUACAUUAGAAGAAGUUGAGCUUAGUGCUGUGAAUGCGACACAUGUAUUUGGACCUGAACAUAGUAGAGCUCUAGAAGAAUUACGGAAAACACAAAUAGCUUUGGCGCAAGCGUGGGCUAGGAGUGAAGCGGAUGAUGUGGUUGAUGAGGGACGUAAGGGUGAUAUUGGGGGUGGGACAUUGGGAAGUGAGGGGAAGAGUGCUCUAGAUGGACCGGGAAUGACGGCGACAUCUGGAACGGAUGGAGGAAGGAGUACUACCACAAGUGGGGUUCAUAGUGGAGGCGGAGAGAAGAUGGGUAGUAAAUUGGAAGAGGACACAAAGGCAGAUAUUGUAUUGGCAAGGAAGAGAAGGGAGGCCAACGAUAGGUAUUUCCAAAGGGUCAAUGAAGGAGUUCUUGAUGUGGUAGCAAAGUUGGAGGAAGUUGCUUCUGCAAUGAGAUCUGUGGAACAAGAGAGUCGAGAUAUUUGGGGUGACAAUGAAACUAUGGAUACUGCCAGUAUUCAAAGUUCAGUGCCUUGA